AUGCUUCAAGUACAAGGACAGCGUGCCGAACCGCUGCUGAUUGUGCUUCCCGCCGGAGUUAGUAUCACUGCCGCAGAUGUGAGCAAUCAGGAUGUUAAUAAUAAUAGCAACAACAAUAAUAAUAGCAACAUCAAUGUUGACGAAGAAGACGAAGAAGAAGAUGGAAUCAAUGUUACGGUAGGUUUGUUGCAACCACGCUCUAUUGCUCGAAUGGUAGCCGCUGGCCGAGUUUUGAGCAUUUAAAGGCCACCGAGUCCACCAACUUUCACAUUCUUCUCAAAAAACCAGUGAGAACGUCGCAAUUCUAGGUAAAAAAAUUCAAACGUGCCGGUUUACUCGUUGUUCUGUGGAAAUUUUUUACAUUUUGUCGGGCUUUCUUUGAAGAAAAACUUCGUGACUUGUCGUAACCGUGUCCGCACACUAUCCAACCUGCCGUACCCCCGAAAACGUUUCUUUUAGGAUGUCGACAUGAAAACGGAACCCGAAGACGCGGGUCAAUGGCCGCGAAUCGAGCGUCCGACUCCAAAGUACGCGGACGGACGGCGCAUUUCUGCGCCGGCCGUUUUGGCCCACGGUCUCUUCGAAAUUGUGAGCAGUUUUCUGAAACACUGUAGUUUGAUGCCUUCUACUUCUUCUUCCUUUUUUCUCUCAAACGUCAGAACGACCUUCGGACUCCCUCUUAUCAUCUUUCUGGCGAAAGAGGGCAGGAGGAGGAGCUCUUCCGUGUUUCCGUGCAGGAAGAGGAAGAAGAAGAAGAAGGAGAAGAAGAAGAAGAAGUAAUAAGGAUAGAAAGACACUUAAACUAUGAUUUCCACAAUUCUUCAUUUCCCCCUUCCACAGCCGACGUCGUGUUCCGUUCAAAUCACCGUCCUUCAGCAGUUGCUCGAUCGGAGUACCAAUCUCAGUUUGGAGCCCACGAACAGCCCGGAUUCUGGAGUUGGUGAGUGAAACCUAGAAAGCCCAAAUUAACUUUGACAAAUUUGCUGUUCCAUAUUUUUUGUGAUGUUAGCUGCUCUGACAGUCUGGUUCACAUAUUUAUUUGUCCUUUUAGUCAGGCCCUUGCAAACCGAAAUUGUAGGCUUCUUCAGUACGUUCUGUAGGCUUUCUGGGAACGUUUCCUUGCCUAGAACUUUCAAGAAUUACUACAGAAGCUUUAGGAGCACGUAAAUCAGGGCUCGAAUCCUCGAGUCCGAAGGUCGCCUCCCCCUUCCUGCCGCUUAUCAUCAUCGUUUCCGCAUUUAUUCCCCGCGCUUUUUCAAAAGUACUCCUCCAAACUGAUAGCACUCCACUGGGGGCUCGAAACACAAAACCGAACAAAGCCACGGGCCGGCAAAGUCUACGGGAGACUGGAAAUUGUGAACCUUACAAUUGUUAUCAAAAAAGCGGAGCCCCUCUCUCUCUCUCUCUCUCUCUGUUCGAUUUCUGUUAAAACCACAAAAUCCUUUGCAGGCACCGACUCGACGCCCGAGACGUCUCCAUCGAGCAGUUCGACGCGUCACGCGUUCGCUCCGCCGCCGCCACGUCUCGCCGCCACGUCGUCGACAAUGCCGACGGUCACGUGGCAGCCGACGUCAAUCUGGCCGUGGAUUCAGCAGGCGCAGGCGUCUGCGGCAGCGGCGGCCACUGCAAACGGUCAGUGGUAAAUUUAAAUUUUGCUGUGGGAGGAAUUGCGCAACAAUGUUGACCCUUUCAACAAAGUCUCUUUCUCCCUUCCCUUUCCCUCCCUCUUGUUUGUUUUCGCGUUCGUUCGUGUACUAUCCAUCCAGUGCGAGUGGCGAACGGACGGGACGAGACGAGACGGGGUUGAAACCUAUUUGAACUGUGCGCCAGGAAAAAGUGUUGGAAGAGAGGCGACAAAAGUUCAACUCGUUUGUAUAUUGUAUGAUGAUUCUCCCGGGGUGGUGUAUGAUUGCACGUGUGUAGAUUGAUACGACUGAAAAUGAUAACGAGAGUCAGAGACCGGCAAAAAUUUAGAGAAUUGGGUCUUUGGAACCUUCUGAGUGACUGAGGAUUAGCCUCGCACUUUGAGAAUAUUUUUCGAAUUCCUAUCCAAGAGCCCAAACGCCAUGUACGGUACAAUAUGGACAGUUCACGCCGGCCGACUGAAACGUUUUCAAAAUGCAAACACAACGUGAUGGACUGCGCGGCGCGGGGCGCGCGCGAGCGGUGCGUGUGCGGAAGAGGACGCGGAAAAAUGUGCAAACACACGGGGUCACGCAUAAACGGAAUACGAGACGCGACGGACCCCGGGCGGGGAAGCGGAAUGGCGCGCGGAAUCGAGGGGAUCUUCCGCCAAUCGUCGAUUUUUACAAGCACCCAUUCCAUACGUUUAUAGAGCUCAUGGAGAUUUUUGAUUUGCGACGUCGAACACUCGGAGAUCUCAAAAUUGAAGAGAAAAAAAAGUUAUUCGCUUCCAAAAUCUUGUCAAGUUCUUCAUUGCCGUCAGCAGCCCCCUUUUUUUCAGAAAACAGUUUCUCUAACCGAAAAAAUUGUUAAUUUGAGACGUCGAACACUCGGAAAUCUCAAAAUUGAACAAGUUAUUAUCCAGUUGUCCAUUACUCUCCACCACUUUUUCCCCGUCUCAAGUGGUGCCAAUUAUUCGAACGCGGAUGUCACUCUCCCCCAUGUUCUUCUCCGAAAGUGUGUGUCCAAUCCUCGCCGACGCAGACGUGCUUAUUAGCCCGUGUAAGAAGCUCUGGUCACUUUUGUAGAAAAUCCGCGAGAAAGUGUCGCGGCGCGGGAAAGCGACGAGGCGCGCAAACGAUUUGUUCGGACGGGGGGAGAAGAGACCGUUGAAAGUUGGCGGAGAGACGAGGAUUCCGGAGACGGGCGGCGAAAACUGGUAAAGAUCAAGAAAAGUGGUGACACCGGACACUAUUGGAUGGAUUAUGAGAACGAAAGGAGAUGACCGGCCGGGGGGAAAGUGUGGGGAUUUCUAUUCUGAAACUGCUAGUUUCGGAUUGUCUUGCUCACAAAACCUGUGAUUUUUGUCUCGAUUGCAGCCCUUCUCACAUUUAUUCGCAAUUCUAGGCCGCCGAUGCCCGCGAAUUGGAAAAGGCAUUUUCUUCCGUUUUUAGUCAGUUCUCUGCAAAAAUUAGAUUUAUUUAGGUGGUGGCACCCUGAGCGUUAGAGCGUGAUUUCAUCAUUCACCGUUACCCGUUCUCUCCCACUCCAAUUGCCACGUAUCAUUAGUCCGAGCGAGAGAGAUGAGUGAAAACUGUUUGAAUCACGGAGAUCCGUAUGCCGCGCGACGGCGACGGCGGCGGCGGCGGCGGCGUCAAACGGAAGCAGUAAAAGUGGUUUUCCGCGCGGAUCCGUCGCACUUUUUUGCCGCGUGCCCGCCGAAUCCUCUCCAACGACGUCGAAUUCUCGCGAACGGAGGCGAAAGCAGAAGAGCGAAAGUUAUGGUCGAGCGCGUAUUAUAUUUAUUGUUAUUGGUGUUAUGUUCCGUGUACGGAACAGGAUGACGCUUCCAGAAGAGAGGGGGGGGGGUCCACAUCAUCCACAUCAUCAAAAAGUUAUUAGGGAUCCGGAUGAUCGAGAUCAGCGAGAGAUCCAGUUUUUUGCAGAAGCCACAAACCGAUGGUUGCAAUCGGCUCUGCUCUGCCCGACCACUUCCGCCUCGCAUCCGAAUCUCCUCACCAUUCCACAACUUCAGACACCUCAACCAACAGGACCACACGGCCAGCAGAACCUUCUGACAGCUGGUAAGCGUAGCUUCUAGUCUUGUUCUCGUUUCAUAGAGUGCUUUCAGCGCCGUUCCUGAGCAACACAGUAUUCACGCCGACUUGCGGUGACCUGCUGACCACUUGCGCUCCAUCGAAGACGGCCCUCCUUCAUCCGUACCUUCUCGAAACUCGUCGGCUCUCGGAGCCCGCGGCGCCGACACAACUCGCGCAACGAAAGAAGAACAAGGAAGGGCAGGUCACGUAUUUGUGGGAGUUUCUGCUCAGACUGCUGCAGGACGAGCAGUACUCGCCAAAGUUCAUCAAAUGGAUCGAUCAGACGAAGGGCGUCUUCAAGUUGGUCGACUCGAAGGCCGUGUCGCGGCUGUGGGGAAUGCACAAGAACAAGCCGGGAAUGAACUACGAGACGAUGGGCCGCGCGCUCAGAUAUUACUAUCAGAGAGGCAUUCUGCAGAAGGUUGACGGACAGCGAUUGGUCUAUCGUUUCGUGCAUUUGCCCAAUGACGUCGCCAGUGUACGUUUCACCUUCAAUCGCGGUCUAUAGUACUGUUAUAGAAGCAUUUCAGAGCCUCUAAAACGAUAAUAAUCCUAAAACUGUGCAUAUUUUGCAGGAAUGCGACUCGUGCGAAAGCGCAGAAUCGUGUCACAGCGACUCGCCGAAAAUCAGUCCCAUUUCGCCGAAACUCGAAAGCGACGAAGCUUGA